AUGGCAACCACUCCCAUGUCGAGAAAAAAAAAGCCAAAACAAGUUUCAGAUCAUACCAAGUUUAAUGUAUUGCUUCAUAAACUCUAUAAUAACAAGUUGUACUCUUGAAAA